GUUCAGCUGCCGCCGCCGUCGUCACGCAGUCACGCACCCGGCUGGGAAUCUCCCUGCUUGCUCUAGGGGGCGGGCACCGGUGAGGUAAUGUGACGCGCAUCACACGGGGGCGUCCCGGAGCUCGGUGUUGACGGUGUGCGGGAUAGUACCGGAAGGAAACAACGCUUAGAGGACAGCAGCUCACCGACAGCAGCACAACGCUUAGAGGACAGCAGCUCAGUGAUGGCAAAUCAAGGGUUUAAUCGGACUUCUGAAACAGAGCUGAAUGGACACAUAGGCGACUCUCAAGCCAGUCUUUCUAAUAAAAAUGAUACAGACAUGUUGGAUCAGAUUAAACAGCUGCUUGAAGAAAACAACAAACUAAAAGAAACCAUGAAGCAGAAGAAUCAGGAAAUGAAGGAGCGCCUUGAAGAACUCUUACACAGAGAAAAACAGAGAGAAGAACAGGCACCACCUGAUCCUGGGCCUUUUGAAGGAAAACAACGUUUGUUGGAGUUAACCAAUGAGAAUGAGCUUUUGAAAAAAGAAAUCCAACAUUUAAAAAGAAUAACCAAUCUGUCCACACAGACUUCUGACUGCUCUGCUUCUGAGAGUGAAGCUGAAAACAUGAAGCAAUUGAAGGCGCAGCUGCUACGUCUUCAGGCUGAAAAGGCUGAUCUCCUUGGGAUCAUAUCAGAGCUACAGAUCAAACUCAGCAGCUGUGCUUCUGAAGACUCCUUUGUUGAAAUCACAAUUGCAGAAAAGGAAGUUGUUGCAGAACUGCAUGAAAACGGCGGAGAUGAUAGCGCAUCAAAUCGUGAUGUUAUUUCAUACAGGACAAAUAUACCUGAAGAAAACCAUGCCAUUGAAUCAGAAGAACUAGCAGUCAGCAAACUUCUUCAUAGUUUGCGUGAAGAAACUGAAAAGGUAGAACAACUACAGAGGGAGUUAGCGAGUGCAAAUGAGAGAUUGGCAGAACUUGAAAAUAAAUUGUCUGAGUAUGCAGUCAAAGAGACAGAACCAGCUGUGGAGCAAAAUUGCAAAGAGGCUGAGGAGCUUCUGACUGGGGAAGUGGAAACACUAAAACAAAAGAUUGCGGCACUCAAUAAAGAACUUAAUGACACAAACGAGAAGUUGAGCAUGGCUCAGCUGGUAAAAAACAGUCUGCAAGAAAGAUGCAUGUCUUUAGAUAAAAAACUACAGGACAACCAGGUCGCUCUGGAUGAAAGACAAAAGCUUUUGUAUUCCGUACAGACAUCAGAGCUUCAUGUUGAGAGCUUGAAGUCAGAAAUCAAAAUAGAGCAGAGCAAAUCAGAAGAACAGAAGCAAGUGGCGACUGCACUUCAGGAAGCAUUAAACAAGCAGAAGUAUGACUAUGAUCGCUUAAGAAAGGCUGAAGCUGAAAAGGUACCCAAAGGGCAGUUCUGUGAGCUGCAACAAAAGUUGGAUGCAUGUGAGGAAGCACUGGCCAAGAAGCAGUUAGAGAUUGAUGAAAUGAAGGAAAUUGUCAUACUACACCAGGAGGAUGUGGAGACCAUUGCACUUCUUCGUGCUCAGAUGGAGGUUUACUGUUCUGAUUUUCAUGCUGAAAGGCUUGCCAGAGAAAGUAUUCAUCAAGAGAAGGAACAGUUGGCAGCACGGCUGGCAUACAUGCUACAAGAGAAUGAGGGUCCAGGUGAUAUUCGGGAUAGGCAAUCCAUAGAGCAACUUCAGAUGCGGCAUAGAUCCAUGAGACCUUCGGAUAGUGGUGAAAGUGCAACCCUUGUGUCAAGAGGAGCAGAGAACAUGGAGCAGCCUCGGUUCUCAGUACACACAUGCCCUAAGUGUCAGCUCAUGGUGCCAGACAUUGAUACACUGCAGAUCCAUGUCAUGGACUGUAUCACCUAAAUGUAUCAAUUUAUACCCUCAGAAUAAAUCAUUUACGUGUAAGGAAA